AUAGUGGGGCUAAAAUAAUAAAUUUCCGAGAAGUUUGGACUUGAAAAGAAAACAAAGUUUCACACAAAAUAAGAGCUUUUUGGCAUCCACCUAGAGAGAGAGAAGCUCUCCGGAGAAGACGAAGCAAGUUCCAAACUUUUGACUGACGCGAUUUGCGGUUGUGGGUGUGUGGAGGGAGUAAUGGAUGGGAAGCUUACUCAAGGAGGUGGAGCGUCCUCCUUCGGAGGAUUCGAUAUGAGAGUUCAUCAUCCAGAUUCCAUGAACCAGCAGCAUCUCCAAGGUCUUCCCUUUACCAUGGUUACAGGACAAACCUGUGAUCAUCAUCAUAAAGGUGAAAGAGAGAGUGAUGAUGAUGAAGAACCGAGUUUUAACGAAGAAAGUGGUGGUGAUGGUCACAACAACAAGUCAGCUAAAGGGUCUCCUUGGCAGCGAGUGAAGUGGACUGAUAAGAUGGUGAAGCUGUUGAUAACCGCUGUGUCUUAUAUAGGUGAUGAUUCGUGUAUGGAUGGUGGGAGUAGGAGAAAGUUUGCUGCUUUGCAGAAAAAGGGCAAGUGGAAGUCUGUUUCCAAAGUCAUGUCUGAGAGAGGGUAUCACGUUUCGCCUCAGCAGUGUGAGGAUAAGUUUAAUGAUUUGAAUAAACGGUAUAAGAAGCUUAACGAUAUGCUUGGGAGGGGGACCUCAUGUCAGGUUGUGGAGAAUCCUAAGCUUUUGGAUUCUAUUGGGUUCUUGAAUGAUAAGGAGAAGGAUGAUGUUAGGAAAAUCAUGAGUUCUAAGCAGUUGUUCUACGAAGAGAUGUGUUCUUACCAUAAUGGGAAUAGGUUGCAUUUGCCUCAUGACCUUGCUUUGCAGCGUUCGUUACAGUUGGCGCUUAGAAGCAGAGAUGAUCAUGAGAAUCAUCAGGUUGAGGAUAUUGAUGAUGAGGAUCAUGAUGAGCAUGAUGAUGAUGUUGACCGUGGGGAUUGUAGGGUUGUUCAUUAUGGAGGUGGUGGUGGUGGUCCUUUGAAGAAGGGGAGACAGAGCCAUAGCCAUGAAGAUGGUGACCAUCAGGGCCAUGUGAAUUCUCUGGAAUGCAGUAAGGUCACUUUGGCUCAUCAAAUGCCGUUUCCUCAAGGUGUGGCUGAGAGUGUGAGGUCAGCUUCUGUUCAGAAGCAGUGGAUUGAGUCUAGGACUCUGGAGUUGGAAGAGCAGAAGCUUCAGAUCCAAGUUGAGUUGCUGGAGUUGGAGAAACAGAGGUUCAGGUGGGAGAGGUUUAGUAAGAAAAGAGAUCAAGAACUCGAGAGAAUGAGGAUGGAGAAUGAGAGGAUGAAACUUGAGAAUGAUAGGAUGGGAUUGGAGUUGAAACAAAGGGAGUUGGGUGUUGAAUUAUAAUAGAAAGAGCUUUGUUUUUUUUCUUGAUUGGUAUAUACCGCUUCGCUAAAAUGAGGACACUAGUUUUGUGUUAUUGUAAGCUUUGGUUUUGAUUGAAAUGAUCUCGAGACUUUGAUGUGAAAGAUCAUUGUGGGUGCAUGCAGUGAUGAAGGUUGAGAAUGUAGUGAGAAAGGAUUGUUUAGUAUUAAGCACCACUUGGUCACUUUCUUCAUCGUUCUGAUGUAUUAUUAUCUCUGUCUGACAUCUUAAUCCAAUUUUUGGAAUGUAACAAAUAUUUCAUUUUUUUUAUUUGAAAACCAUGGAUUGUUGUUCUCA